AUGCGGUAUACUAGUAAUGUUACACUGAUCGCAGCAGCUGCUGAGCAUUUCCCUAAGCUCAGCAGAGUAGCCUUAGCAGCUGCUCGUUCCACGCGUCAGGCACGCCUGGCAAGCACCAAUGCGCACAGUCGGCCUGUCCGCCCGCCAAUCCCGAGAAGACACCUGGAUGCCCGUCGUGUCUCAUCACACUCAUUGCUGCCACUUCUAACAACACCACUCUUGCUCCAUUUGGCCUUCGCACUUCCUGUCGUUGUCCCUCUUCCCUUUGUCCCUCUACCCUUUGUCCCUCUUCCCUUUGUCCCUCUACCCUUUGUCCCUCUACCCUUUGUCCCUCUACCCUUUGUCCCUCUACCCUUUGUCCCUCUACCCUUUGUCCCUCUAGCCUUCUGCUCUCCACUCUCGCUCCCUCUAGCCUUCUCCUCUCCACCCUCUCUCCCUCUCGCAAUCCCUUGCGCCGCAACCCUUCCUCUUCCCGCAACCCUUCCUUGUGCAACAUCCCUUCCUUUUCCCGCAGCCCUUGCUGCUGCAUUGAUGCCUUCUGCUGCUGUAAGGCCCAGCCUGCUGUGCCCCCGUGCUGCGACAAGCUGCGGUACUCUGAAAGGAGUGGGAGUUAGUUGUGUGGUCACGAGAAUGGGGAGAGGAGGGCUUAUGGGAAAAGUGGUUGGGGGAGGAGGUGGUAAUGAUGACGGUCUUGUUAGUCAUAUGGCGCGAUGCAAAGCGGUGCAGAGUGGUGCGGAUGGCUCGGCGGAAGGCAGAGAGGAUGUUAAGGGAUUUGUGGGGUGGGGAGAAGCUGACGUGGCGCUCUGCGAGCUUGCCACGUGUCCACCAGUGGCCUGGGUAAAGAGGAAGCGCAUGAUCAAGGAGAGAGGUGGGAGAAGAAGAGAGGGGGGAGUUGAGGGAGCGAUGGAGCAAGGGGAGUUGAGAGUGGAAGGUGAGUGA